CGGCUGGUGACUCCGCGAGGGAGCGAGCAGGCCGGCAGGGUCUCUAAGGCACCUCCGAUCCCCGAGGGAGGCCCCGCACGGGCUGCGAGCCGGAAUCUCCUCUUCUUAAGCACCAAUGAGAGACGGCCGGGUGGGCAGCAGCAGCAACCAUGCGGUGAAAGGCGAGCGGGGUUGGGAAGAGGAGCGGGGAGACAAAGCGCCCCGAUGGGUCAAGGCGUGAUCACGGACUGGAAUUCAUUUCCACAGGAUGCCAAAAUAUAGCGGACAACACAGAAGAGGACGCCGUGCCAUGGAAGACCGAUGGCAGAGUCCCUCCCAUUGAAAACCUGGGAAGAUGCUAACCACCACUCCUGAGUGCAGCCAGUCCCGCGAAAGCAACUGCAAGGCGAAAGCCGGAGAAGAGGGGAUGCCGCGGACCCGGCCAGCGAAAGCCGUUCAAGGCAUCAGGAAGCGCAAAGACUUUGUGGUGUAUCAGGGCACUCAGGCGGAAGAGAAACCAAACAUCUGCAUUGAGUGUGGGAAAACCUUCAGCCAGAACUCCAGCCUGGUCAACCACCGGAGGACGCACUCGGAUGAAAAGCCAUACAAAUGCCCCGACUGCGGGAAGAGCUUUGGGGUCAGCUCCAGCCUGAACAGACAUCAGAGAAUCCACACGGGCGAGAAGCCCUAUAAAUGCAGUGAGUGUGGCAAAAGGUUCAAUGACAAAUCCAACCUCACCCAGCACCAGCGCAUCCACACGGGCGAAAAGCCCUACAAGUGCAUUGACUGUGGCAAAUGCUUCAGCCGCAGCUCCCACAAGAAACACCACCUGCGGCACCCACUGGGGAAGAAGCUGAGCAAAGGGGGGCAGGCGGAGGGGGCUUGCGCAGCAGCCAGCACCAAGCCCAAGGCCAAACGGAACGUGGAGGUGCUGAACACGUGCACGGAGUGCUGGCAGAGCUUCAGCCAGAACGCCGACCUCAUCAAGCACAUGCGCAUCCACACUGGGGAGAAGCCCUACCAGUGCAACGUCUGCGAAAAGAGCUUCAGUGUCAGCUCCAACCUCUUCAGGCACCAGAGGAUCCACACGGGGGAGAAGCCGUACGUGUGCUCCGACUGUGGCAAGAGAUUCACCGACAAGUCCACCUUGGUUCAGCACCAGAGAAUCCACACCGGGGAGAAGCCCUACGCCUGCCGAUUUUGUGGCAAGAGCUUUAGCCACAGCUCCCACCACAAGAGACAUGAAAAGAUCCACAAGGGGGAGUACCCUUUAUUGUCUUACCCUGCCCCACUGAGCUAGCGGAUCACUGGUUGCCAGAGAGAUCAGAGGGGAUCUGUUUUCAGGAGCCUACAACCCACUUUGAAAGCUAGCGGCAAGAGCUCAGGGCUGGGCUGGGAGGGUGCUGUGGUGACGCCAUAUGACUGCCAGCACACUCAACAUCAGCUCAUUGAUUCUUGGAUCAAGGGCAUCUGCUCAAAAUGGGACAGGCUGGGCUAAUCCGCAAAGUUACAUGGUAAAUGUUUUCCUGGACUGUACCACUUGAGACUUCACGCGGGGAGGCAACACAUAUGUUCAUGCUCCUCACAUUAAUCAAACUCCUUGCACUUUAAAAAGUAGCACGUUAGGCUGAAAGGUAUCAUUUUGAACAUUUCUCCUUGAUGUGCUAGUUUUCAGUAUACAGGGAGUGGUGGGUUUCUUUUUAACCCCAAAUGUAGGAGAGUAUUAAACAAUGUGAUCCUCUGGCCUGCAGUUUGAAGUGGUCUUGUCCAAGAAGGACCCAUUGGUAUGAUUUUGCUGAAUACAGAUCAGCCCUUGGUGUCUAUACAGAGAUUCUGUCCUUUUCCUGCAGAGGCUGUUCUGGUGGUUCCUUAUUCUAACUGUUCAAAAAAACCAACCUCCUACUUCCACAGUGAACUCCUCUGUUGAACGCUAUUUGCUGCUUUCUGCUAACCUCAAAAAGCUUCCUGCUAUCAAACAAAAACCAACCAACCAAACAAAACCCUUCUUUUCAGAGUUACACAGAGACUGCGGUUGCUGCACCUUGUCAAGCAUUUCCUCAAUGAGCUAAAGAGUUUUGAGUAAUGCUUGUUAUUUCUAAACCUUGAAACUGUU